GAUGCUCGAUAUAUAUUAGGAAGCAUUUGCACAGGAAAAAGCGAUUUCUUUGAAGAUGAAUGAAGUCAAGCGGUAUCGGCCUUUCUCUGAAAUCCCUUCUGCCAUAUCGUGGGAAAUUCUGGGCCGAGUUCCAAUUAAGAUGUGUUUAGCUUGUAAGCUUGUUUGCAAAGAAUGGUAUCGUAUUGUGAAAAGUCCAGAAUUCACCUCGUUCCACCGCCGUUUUAAUGCCUCUGAAUUUGCCAUCUUGUUAUAUCGCUCAGGUGGUGGUGGUAGUGGUGGGAGGGCGACUUUCAGCUUGGUUGAGCUGAAAAAGGCCUUGGAUGUGGAUGAUUCGGGCGAUUGUGUUGUGGGUGUUGGUGAUCUGAUUAGGGUUCAACCAAACAUUGCCACCCCCCGUGGGACAUGGUAUCUGAGGUCUCACUGUGAUGGGGCUAUUUGUUUGGAAACAGUAACGAACGAAUACGUCGUGUGCCAUUUGCUCACUCGCCGUAGUGUAAAUGUCCAAAAUCUCCAUGAGCUCAAGAAGCCUCCUUGUGUUAUCAAGCAUUGUGAACUGGGGCGCUGCCCGGCGACAGGGCAAUUCAAGGUUCUCAUGUUUCUCUACGACACGGUGUAUGAGAUCUUGGUGGCAAAGGUGCAGACUUUGGGUAAUGGUGAGUGGAGGAUUGUGGGCAAUGUGCCCUUUAACCAUCUGAGUGACGGGUGCUUUCUAAACGGGUCUAGUCACUGGCGUGGGCCCACAUGCAUAUGGUCGUUUCAUUUUGGGAAGGAGGAGUUUUUGCAAAUCCCAUUACCGGACAAUAUCAUCCGCGCACAUCAUAGGAACAAUAACAACAACAACCCAGUUGAAUCCCACUACAGUAGGGUCUGGAGUGGGAAAGAAUUGUUUGUUUUCAACUCUUGCCUGUGUUUGAGACCGUUCUUCAGGUCUCCAGACGUAUGGAUGAUGAAGGAGUAUGGGGUCAGAAACUCUUGGGUGAGGCAACUUGCCAUAGGGACUCAUGCGUUGACCGUGCCUCUAGCGCAGAUGGAUAACGGAACGAUACUUUUGAAGAGUGGGAGUACAUUAUAUUUAUAUGAUCCGCGAACCCAUGUUUCUAAGUCAGUGCAAUUUGAGCUCAAUGGGCUUUCUAAUUCCAUGACGCCGUUUGCGGCGUGUGAUGCGAGAUGCUUUCGGUUUUGAAGAUUUAGGUCUCUAAGACAGUGAAAUACGAGCUCGGUGGGCUUUUUCAUCACAUGGUGCCGUUCACGGAGUUUGAUGCAAGAUUCUUUAGGUUUUAAAGAUCAGACUGGCAAAGAUCCCACUGGCAAAGACACAGACUUUGGGUAGCAGUGAAUGGAGGAAUGUGGG